UGGAGAUAUAACCAUAUAUAUUAGCUGAAAGAGCAGAAUACGUAGAAUUCACUCAACCUUAUGCAGAGUCAGGAUUGUCCAUGAUAGUUCCACUUGAGACUGAAGAUACAGCAUGGAUUUUUUUGAAGCCUUUUAACUUAGAGAUGUGGAUGGUGAGCGGUGCUAUAUUCAUCUACACAAUGCUUAUAAUUUGGUUCCUGGAGCACCAAACGAAUCCAGAAUUUAGAGGCCCUCGGAAGUAUCAGUUCGGGACCGCGCUUUGGUUCACAUUUUCAUCUCUAUUCUUUGCUCAGAGGGAGAGACUUUAUAGCAACUUCACUCGAGUUGUGGUGGUAGCGUGGCUUUGUGUUGUCUUUAUCUUAACCUCAAGCUACACUGCCAGUUUGACUUCAAUGCUCACCGUGCAACGAAUGAAACCGAAUUUUUCAGAGUUUGAGAAACUAAAGAACGACAAGUUAAAUGUUGGUUGUAAUAAUGAAUCUUUCAUCCAGGAGUACGUCAAGGAUGUUCUUGGAUUAGAUCACGAUAAAAUCAAGAUCUAUAACCCUGAAAAUGAUUACACAAGUACUGAUUUUGAAAGGAACAACAUAGCUGCUGCUUUUCUUGAACUCCCAUAUGAGAGACUUUUCCUCAAUCAACAUUGUAAAAGUUGCACCAGCACAAAAGCAGCAUACAGAUUUGGAGGGUUCGGCUUUGCGUUCCAAAAAGGCUCUCCUUUUGCUGCUGAUUUUUCUAGAGAGAUUCUAUGCCUAUCGGAGGAUGGGAACAUAACACGUUUGGAAGAAAAGUGGUUUGCCCCCUCACCUGAGUGUUCAACUUCGGCAACUAAUAAUAAUUUCGAAAGCUUGAGCGUCCGCAGCUUCAAGGGAAUCUACAUUGUAUCUGCUGCGGUAUCUACUAUCUGUUUUCUACUAUUUCUCUUUCGCUUGUUAAGGAGUUCACGGCCUCAUCAAGAAGCAGAUGGAGGCCAUCUCACUCCAGGUGGUAAGAGUGGUUCAAGCAGUGGAGAUAGAAUUACAAAAUGCUUUUAUAACGGAGAAAAAACCAGAGUUCUUAGGAGGGUUUCAACUUUUGCUCAAGCACUACAUAAGGAUGAAUGGGGCUCUACGAAGUGGGAAUAUGUGAGUAACUCUGACAAUUUGGAGAAUAAUUAGGGUUCCUCGCAAGCUGAGAUUGAAAUGCCAUAAAUUCCACGACAUAAGGAUCAAAAAGAUGAAAAGAAAAUGAAGAACUUGGCCAGAGAUCAAGGUUACUGUGAAUAUUAAUUAGUUCUCCGAACUCCAUUUGCAGUGAUUAAAGUCGUUGUUGACUAAGCACCGAAAAUUGUCAAUAGGAUUAGAUGUAUACACUAAGCAAAGUCUAUAGAUUCAGGAUAUGAUUUGGGAGGGUGAUUUAUCUCCUUUUUUAUAUAUAUAAACACAGGAAACUCAUGGGUAUUAUUUAU